CAAACACCAUAUUUCUGCGUUUCGCAGUGGUUGAGUGAUUGGGCAGGUCCUUCAAACCCCGUCCAGUUACCAGACCGGCCUCGCAAAAGCUCCCACAAAAAAUAGCCUACGCCUAGUUCCUCUCACUCUCUCCUCUGCAGGUUUUGCAUUAUCGAACCGACCCUCGAAUUAGGACAGAUGGAGAGUGCUAGAAUAGCAAGGUGUAGUUAUCGUUCAUUAACUGUUGUCAUUGCAUUGUCUGAAAAUAGUAAAUAUUUGGAUAUUUGUAAUGAGAUAUGCUUAAGGUUUAAGGAACUGAAAGUGGGGAGCUUUGACCUGACGUAUUCUCUUCCUGACCACCCUAAUUGUUUGCUGCAAUCUGAUAUGGAUUUGCAUAUGAUGUUGAUGUGUUUAACAAUGUUGAAGAGUAGUUUUGUUGAUAUAAUGGUGAAGGAUCUUGUGAGUUCAAAUAAUGAUAAUGGUGAUCAAAAGUGUGAAGAGUCUGAUCAUACAGCGUCUAAUCAUGCAAUGUCUAAUCGUGUAGUCUCAAAUCGUACAGCACCUUUAUCAUGCACAUUAGAAAGUCAUAGUGCCAUUGAUGAGAAUGACCGUUUUGGGGACUCCAGGUUGGAUGGAGGCAAUGCCUAUUUGUCUCAGGACUGGAAGGAAUAUAUUAGUCAUGAUGGUCAGAGAUUUGAGGGGGGUGUAACUGAAUUUCGUAACAAGUUGUGUAAGUAUGCUGCUCAUAUGAGAUUUCGUAUUGCUUAUGUAAAGAAUGAGAAAGAACGUGUCCUUGCUGAAUGUUUUAAGAAGAUUUCAGAUGGUUGUAAUUGGCGUAUAUAUGCUUCUUUAUGUCGAGGGAAUGGUUUUUUCUACAUAAGGAGUCUGAAUAAUGUUCACACAUGCACGCCUGUUGUCGAUGAACAGAAAAGUAAGAUGAUGAGUUCAAAGGUUGUUUCUUCUGUUCUCGUGGAUCAAAUCCGUGAGAAACCAACAAUGAAACCAGCAGAUAUUGUCAAGGAUUUUAAGCAAAAAUAUGGUCUUGAUAUCUCUUACCAUAGUGCAUGGCACGGGAAAGAAUUGGCUAAGAGUGAGGUUCAUGGUAAUGAAUCCUUGUCUUAUAAUCAGUUAGUUCAGUAUAGAGAUGCUUUAAUGUCAACUAAUCCAGGGUCACAUUGUGUCUUGGAGUGUGAUCCAACAACUUCUCGCUUUCAAAGAUUGUUUAUUUGCUAUGGUGCUUGCAUUGAGGGAUUUAGAUGGUGCAGACCUUUGCUGUUCAUAGAUGCAACCUAUUUUAAAAGUAAGUAUAAGGGGCAGCUAAUUGGUGCUACCGGGAGGGAUGGAAAUCAAGGAUUUUUCCCAUUUGCUUUUGCUAUCGUGGACUCAGAAAACGAGGAAAACUGGAGGUGGUUUUUUGAAAAUUUAGCUAAAGUUUUGACUCCACAAGGUAGGACGAUUACUUUUGUAUCUAAUCAUAACAGAGGUGCGACCGAAGAUGUUUCAAACAUAUUUCCAAUAUCCCAUCAUGCAUUUUGUUUGAAUGAUAUGAAACAGAACCUCUCAUCUAAAUAUCCGGCUAAUUUUGGUAAAUUUUUUCGGGAUCGAAUUGUUGAGCUUUUUACGAAAUGCGUAUAUGCUCCAACUGAAGCUGCUUUUGAGUUUAAUAUGAAAAAUUUAAAAGAUGAAGGCAGUGCUCCUAUGAAGACCUUUCUAGAAAAUUUCCCCAAGGAGAAUUGGUCAUAUGCCUAUUUUAAGGGUAAUCGAUAUGGUGACAUGUGCAGCACUGUUUCUGAAUCAUUUCAAUCUUGGCUUUCGGAGCUUUAUGCGUUGCCUAUUUGUCAAAUGGUUGAUGGCAUCAGGAUUAAACUCAUGGGACUGAUGUCUCAAAGGAGUUGUGAAGCAAAGGAAUGUUGUUCUAUUCUCUGUCCUGUGAUGGAGAAAACCUUGAAUGAAAUGUCGAUUGUUAGUCGGCAUUGGAAUGCUAUCCGUUCUAGUGCUUCUGUUUUUGAGGUUCAUGCUGAAGGUUCUUUUAUGGUUGAUUUGGAUAAGCAUUUUUGCUCCUGUCAUGAGUGGCAAAUAAAAGGCUUUCCCUGUGCUCAUGCAGUUGUUUCUGUUCAAAAAAAUUCGGGUUGCAUAUAUGACUACGUUGAUGAUUAUUUCAAGUUGAACUAUUUUAGAAGUUCAUAUGCAACUCUUAUUUCUCCCAUACCUGACAUUAAGGAUGCGGUGCAUGGGUGUUCAGAAGAUAUUGUUAUCCUACCUCCACUUAUUAGGCAGCCAGGGACUAAAAAGAUGAAAUCCGCUGGUGAGUUUUCAAGGGCCGUUACAUGCAGUCGAUGUGGUGCAGUUGGACGGCAUAAUAAGAAGACAUGUACUGCAAAUAUGUGAUUCUGUUUCGCAGUGUUUAUUUAUUUAUUAACUUUUUCAACUUUUUUAGGUUCAUAUGUGCAGUUGUUAUUCGAUUGUUAAGAUAUAACACAAUCACUUAAGCAAAAGGUAGAGCACAAGCUACAGAGCCACAAUCAUAACAGUACUUCACAUGAUAGAACACAGAACCAUGCAUUUUUUCUCUCACAACUUGGCUUUUUUCCUUUUGCAAAACUAAAUACACGGUAGGAUAUGUCAGGUUUCCUUUCGAAGAAAGUAGCUUUUAAAUCAGCCCUAUUGUUAUCUCCUAGUGUGUUUUUUUUAUUAUAAUUUUGGAAUGUUUUAUGUAAUUUUGUUAGCUUUUUUGGCUAAAUCUGACGGCAUUUUUAAAAUCAAUUUUCUUUUAGGCUAAAUUUGAGAAUUCAAUUGAUUUUAGAUUAAAUCUCAGUAGAUAGCAAAUUAGUUUUCCCUCUUUUCUGACUACAUAAGUUUAACUCUGUAUGAUUGUUUUUGUGUUCAAGGUUUUAGCUUUCAAUCUGUAGGUGUCUGAUUUGUUUUUUAAAGUUCAUGCAUGUUCUGGUGAUAUUAGUGGAUCUUGGUACCCUUGUUUUGUUGCUGAGAAGAUGGAGGAAAAUAUUGUUUUCAGUAAUGAACAUUUUUAGCUCAUCCAAACGAUAUAGAUUGUCAGGUUCAGUUGCAGGUGCAGCAUUUUGUUUGUGUGUUUGUUUUUGUAUUUAAAUUGUUUCUUUUAAUAUAAGGAAUAGUGAAUAUUAUUUUUGAGGUUUGAAAUUUUUGAUGUUCUUUUUCCUACUGUAAUAGAUCAAGGUGCAAAUUAAUUGUGCAAGUCAGUCUAAAUUGUUGUUUAUAAAUGGUUUAGUGUUGGUGCAAAUUAAAGCAUAUCUUGCUUGAUGCCAGCCAUAUUUUUAUUUUUUAUUUUUAAGAAACAAAAUUGUUGGUGCAAGUGUAGAUUGGUUUCUCUUUGUGAUAGAAAUGACCUAAAUUCUCUUUUAUAUAUUGAUAAAUAAAAAAUCUCAUUUAUAUGGAAAUUAUCUUUAGGGUUAACUGUCAAUUUACCCCUUGAACUUGUACGGUACUUUCAAUUUGCAUCCUCAACUUUUUUUUUGGAAAAUUAAGGAUAUGAAUUAUUUUUUAUCGCCAACUCCCCCUUACCGUUGAAAUCAAUUUUUGACAUUCAAUAGUCCGUCAAAUUAUCACUGUUCAAAGGGUAGUUUUGUCUCUCCAAUCUAAUAACUCCACUCAGCCCCUUUCCCUCUAUUUGGUGCCUCCAUUUUCGCAUCUUUUGAAUUGGUGAAAUUCCAGAAUAGAAAAAAGGGGCAAGUUUCCCUCCUCAAAACCUAUUCAUAGGUGAAAUUGAAGGGAUGAGGAACAACUCACUUGACAAAGAUCAUGGAUCACAGCGUUCAAGUUCACACUUUGAAGAGGGGCAGUGCAUGGAUGCUGCCUUCUCACCUGUGUUACUGUGGAAAUACUACCAAAGUUCAGACUUAUUGGAUUGCUGCACAUCCAGAGAAGAGGUUUCAUGUGUGCGCAAGGAAGAAUGAUUGUAGAUUAUGGGAAUGGGAUGAUCCUGAAAUGUGUGAGAGAUCUAAGCAAAAUAUACCCGGGCUACUAAGGAAGAUCAACAAAUUGGAAGAUGAAAAAAAGGCUCGAUUGAACUCAGACAGUGGAGCCAAUGGAGCGCUGCCAUGUGUCCCCACUAGCAAUGCCAAGGAGGCCUAGAAAGAAAGAUAACAAGAAGAGGAACCAUCCCUCACCCAUAAAAGGAGACCACUCUUGUACUUUGAAGAAAGA